UUGGCAAAUUUUGUUUUUUCCUUCGCCUGCACACACAUCUUCGUUCCGUGUUUCCGUGUGUUUUUACCUGGAUUAAGCGAUUUGCCUGCUGCGCGUUUGUUUACUGGUAUCUGAUAUGAUAUCUGGCGUUUCUGGCCACUCAGCGCGAAAAUCGAAAAUAAAUCGGACGGUAUCAGGAAAAUUAAACUAGCAAACACGAAAAACGAAUAACGGAAAAAGCGUCGGUAGAAAAUUGAGCAAGCGAAGCUAAGAAACUGAACAUUAAACAGCAGCGCGCGGGUAAGCAAGAUCAGGACCAGGACCAGGACCAGGACACAAGGAGCGGCGGCAAACCAAGCCAAGUACAGGGUGGUGAUCAGGCGUAACCACAGAGAGGCCAGCGAGUCCCGAACGGAAACCGCCGAAGCCAGCAGCCAGUAGCACUCAGCACUCGAGAGAGGAGACGCAGGCGGCGCAGUCGGAGUGUCGGGCAACAACAUGUCUUCGCCGGCGGCGCAGAGCAACAGCAGCAGCAGCCAGUCGCAGUCAGUCGCCCAGCAGCAGCAGAAUCAAAAGGCCAACGCAAACAACACACAUGAUAACAAGAAUGCCUCGGCGACGACGGGGACAGCGGCAGCGGCGGCAGCAGCAGCAGGAUCCGGUGGUGCUGGAUCCAACACAGCUGCAGGCACACAACAGCAGGGGGCAACCUCGAGCGGUCCACAGAGCCCGACCAAGCGCAGCACAAUAUCGACAAAGGAGCGUGUGAUCGACAGCGUGCCGUUCCCGCCAAACCGUAAGCUUACCUGCGCCGAUGUCUUUGACGCGCGGACCGGUAAGCCGCACCACGACGUCCUUAAACAGCACUUCAUCCUGGAGGGCCGGAUUGAGGAGAGUGCCGCGCUGCGCAUCAUUCAAGAGGGCGCCACUCUGCUGCGCCAGGAGAAGACAAUGAUUGACAUUGAGGCACCGGUGACGGUAUGCGGCGACAUACACGGCCAGUUCUAUGAUCUAAUGAAGCUUUUCGAGAUUGGCGGCUCGCCGGCGACCACCAAGUAUCUGUUCCUGGGCGACUAUGUCGACCGGGGCUACUUCAGCAUCGAAUGCGUGCUGUACCUGUGGUCGCUGAAGAUCACCUAUCCGCAGACGCUGUUCCUGCUGCGCGGCAACCACGAGUGCCGGCAUCUGACCGAGUACUUCACCUUCAAGCAGGAGUGCAAGAUCAAGUACUCGGAGCGCGUGUACGACGCGUGCAUGGACGCGUUCGACUGCCUGCCGCUGGCGGCGCUGAUGAACCAGCAGUUCCUGUGCGUGCACGGCGGCCUGUCGCCCGAGAUACACGAGCUGGAGGACAUACGGCGGCUCGACCGCUUCAAGGAGCCGCCCGCCUUCGGCCCCAUGUGCGACCUGCUGUGGUCCGACCCGCUGGAGGACUUCGGCAACGAGAAGAACUCGGACUUCUACACGCACAACUCGGUGCGCGGCUGCUCGUACUUCUACAGCUACGCCGCCUGCUGCGACUUCCUGCAGAACAACAACCUGCUGUCGAUCAUCCGGGCGCACGAGGCGCAGGACGCCGGCUACCGCAUGUACCGCAAGAGCCAGACCACCGGCUUCCCCUCGCUGAUCACCAUCUUCUCGGCGCCCAACUAUCUCGACGUGUACAACAACAAGGCGGCGGUGCUGAAGUACGAGAACAACGUGAUGAACAUCCGGCAGUUCAACUGCUCGCCGCACCCCUACUGGCUUCCCAACUUCAUGGACGUGUUCACCUGGUCGCUGCCCUUCGUGGGCGAGAAGGUCACCGAGAUGCUGGUGAACGUGCUGAACAUCUGCUCCGACGACGAGCUCAUGACCGAGGAGAGCGAGGAGCCGCUCUCGGACGACGAGGCGGCGCUGCGCAAGGAGGUUAUCCGCAACAAGAUCCGUGCCAUCGGCAAGAUGGCUCGCGUCUUCUCCGUGCUGCGCGAAGAGUCCGAGUCGGUGCUGCAGCUGAAGGGCCUGACGCCGACGGGCGCCCUGCCACUCGGCGCCCUCUCCGGAGGCAAGCAGUCGCUCAAGAACGCCAUGCAGGGCUUCUCGCCCAACCACAAGAUUACCUCGUUUGCGGAGGCCAAGGGCCUCGAUGCCGUCAACGAGCGGAUGCCGCCGCGCCGAGAUGCGACGCCCUCGCCGGCGGAGGAGGGCCAGAAAUCACUGUCCGCGGCGGCAGCAGCAGCGGCCAAUGCAAAUGCGAAUUCAAUCAAUGGAUAAUUCUAAGUCAAGUCAAGUCAGUAAAGUAAAGUCAAGUCAGUGAUGAGAGGGCGGCAGCAGCACCAGUUGCAGUCAUGUUAGUCGGUGGAUUAUCGGAUCAAAGGAUCGCUGGAUUGGAGGAUCUGAGGAUCGGAGAAUCGGAGGAGGAGCUAAUUCAGUUAGUAGUCGACAGUUAAGCAGCAAACGGUGGGAGGGAGACGACGGACGGGACGGCAAACAGCUAGCGAACAGUUCAGUACGGAUAUAGUCUCAAAAAAAGCUCUCUCGGCUCAAAAAAAAAGAAGAAAACAAACGUAAAAACACAAGAAGACACGCAGGCAGACAUAUUGGUAUUUAACGUGAAGCAAACUCCCAGAGAUGGAAGCUAAUUAUAACGUUGAAAGGAUAACAAAUUUUGUGCAACAUUAUAUCAAAAGAUCAAAUUUAAACGCCAGUGGCGCGCAUUCUCCCCCAUUUAAAAAAAACUAAACAAGUGAAAAAGGAAAAAACAAAAGAAAGAAAAAGAAAACACAAAGUAACAGCAAAUUAGGUAAUUUAAAUUAUUUGCUAAAAACAAAUUGUAAAACGAAUCGAAAUCCAACUCUCUCUCUCCCUCAUCUCUAAAAAAAAAAAAAAACAAAACAAAACAAAGAAAUCUAAGCGAAAGGAGAACUAAAUCUAGCAUCUAAAAAAAUACUGAAACUAAAGCUAAAGGAUAAAUUCUACUACUUGGGGCCGUCCACAUAUUGCGCAAUUACCGCCUCUCCUCUCCCAGCUUAACAAUUGAUUAUAUAGUACGGUCGUACGGGAUAACUGUGAAUGCGCAAUAUAUGGACGGACAUAUGCCCCCUUUCGUUGUGUGGCGUCUGCGGCGACUUCUAUGGAAAAAAGGAAAGAAUGUAUGAAAGAAUGCUAGAGAAAAAGAACAGAAACAACUUCCUACAACAGCAACAACAAAACAGCAGCAGCAACAAUAUUUUACUACAAUAUUUUUAAAAAACAAGAACAAGAAACGACUGAAUCUCUAUCUAUCUUAACUAUCCGACUCUUUCUCUCUCUCACACACACACACACACAAAUAUAAAAACACACACUACACCCACACGUACACACUUAGAAACAAGCUAGGGAAUCGUUCCAACUCAAAGUUGAUCGAUCAUCCCGUCGCCUAUCGUUUAUCGGUAAUUGUUUAUCGUCGCCAUUGUCGCCUCACACUCUCUCUCAUCUGGUGAUUGUGUAUGUGGUCUUUAUAUACGUGCCAUCUUUGUCGUAGUCAUUAGCUGAAUAUAUUAAUUAAUGUGUUGCGAUGCAGGUGCAAAAGGAGCUGCUGUCAUAGCCCAGUAACCUUUCCCUUUUCCCCCACUCUCCCUUUCUCUCUCUCUCGCCCUUCACUCGACCUCCUCCCACCAAUCGAAGAAGUCGAACUUAUCGAAAUAAUCGAAUCUCAAUCGGCCUCAUUUGCGCCUGCGUCGUUACAGUUUGUAAAUCCUUUUUAUACUUAAUCGAAUUUUAGUUACUUGUUGAGAAGGAGAUAGGAAGAUGGUAAAGAUAAAGAAAGAUAAAGAUGAAGAUGAUUAAAACGAAAGUUGUAAUUAAAAGUGUGUGCAAUAGGAAUUUUGUUAUUUCUGCAAUAUAUAUAUAUAUAUAUA